UAAAUUGCUUACAAACCUUUUAUUAAAUCAAAUACGUGUCGUUUUGAUCGAUGACUUUUUACCAUUUUUCGAGUAGAACCAUUAUUCUAUCGAUAUAGAAUUUCUGAUUUCUCGGUAAAAAACCGAAAUGAUUUUCGUAUACCUCUUUUGAAAUCAAGUUUACUCUAUUAAGGAAGUUUUGCAAAGACCGAAACAAAUGAUAAUCGGAUGGUGCAAGAUCAGGAUUAUACGGUAGAUGCAUCAAAAUUUCUCAGCCAAGCUCUCUCAAUUUUUGUCGUCAAAGACGUAUGUGGCCUAGCAUUGUCAUAAUAGAAGACAACACCUUUUCUAUUGAUCAAUUCUGGCUGCUUUUCUUGAAUGAAUUGCUCCAUUCACAUUAGUGAAUGACAAUAGAGAUCAGAAUCAAUCGUUUUGCCUGGCGGCAGUAGUUUAUAAUGGACGACUACUUUCCAAUCUCUCCAAACAUAUAGCAUCACUUUAAUCUGGGCUUUGCGAUUGUUUGUAGUGCCUCAUCUCGUUCCAACCACGAUCCUUUUCGAACAUCAUUAUCAUAUGUUGUCCACUUUUCAUCAUCCGUUAUCAAUCUUUUCAGAAAAGACAAUUUCGUUUUGUUUCAGCAGCGAUUCGAUCUAUGGAAAUUCGAUCUAUUAAAUUUUUUUAGCGUCAAAUCAUGUGGCACCCAAACAUCGAGUUUCUUUGUGUAUCCAGUAUUACGCAAGGACAAUUUAUUACAAGUGUGAAAAAGAUGUUACCAACGAUGUCAAAGGAUUCGGAGAUUAAAGAUGGAGAAAACAAGAAUCUGAUUAAGAUUGUAGAACGGCCAACAUUUAUAUUGAAGACUAGAGAAGGAGAAAAUAGAGCUGUUUCUCCAAGUCAACGUAAUGGUCACAAAAAAGAUGCCGAUAUGUCUUCAGCAGCAUCAAAAAUACAAGAAUCGAUUCGUAUGCUUUCCAUAUGUCCUGAAAUGAGUACAUGCAUCAAAUUCAUGGAUGAAAAUAUGCAACUAUGUGAAAAUUCAAUAGAUUUUUUGUAUGAUCAACAAGACUUUCUAGUCGUUGGAUGUUUAGGUGCACAAGGUGUUGGUAAAUCGACAAUCAUGUCACUACUAACAUCACAUUAUUCAUCUAACAUUUUUCAAGUUCAAGAUUUGUCACAUUAUGAAAGUAGUACAAAUUGUACCACUGGAAUAGAUUUUUUUAUAACUAAAAAUAGAGUAAUAUAUUUGGAUACACAACCAAUUCUUUCUGGAUUUGUGAUUGACUCUGCUGCAUCCUUUGAUCAGAAAAAAGGUGCACCUGAUUUUAUGAAUAGUGAUUCUAAUUUGGAAUUACAAUCACUUCAGUUUGCAGCAUUCCUAUUUUCAGUGUGCCAUGUUAUUAUAUUUGUGCAAGAUUGGUUUGUCGAUCCAAAUUUAGUGAGAUUUUUACAAACUGCAGAAAUGUUAAAACCGUCUUCAACAACAGUCAUAGAUCAAGAUUAUGUAGAAUAUUAUCCACAUGUUAUAUUUUUGCAUAAUAAAACAGAAUUGCAAGAUUUUAUGCCAGCUACUAUUGAUGAAAUGAAGGAUUUUUAUAAUAAAGCAUUUUCUAGUUCUCGAUUACAAACUCAUAGCGGUAUAGAUAUGAAUCAUUGUUCAACAGAAAGUGGUUUAAAUUUAUUUUUGAUACCUUCGAGAAAUAAACAAGAAGAUAUGAUUUUUUGUGAAAAUGAAGAAUUUCUUAUAGAUAAACUGCGAACAAAGAUAUAUGGAGUUCCUAGGAAUUCAAUUACACCUUCUGUGUUAACAGAAAAAAAUUGGUAUCAUUACGUUUCAAAAGUCAUAGAGGUUAUAAAGAAAAGCCAUCUGUCUUCUGAAUAUGGAAGAUUAAUGCCUUAAAUCUACCAUAAAAGUUUAUAUGAAAGAAGGAUAUAAAAAGAGAAA